GGAUCAAAAAGCCUGACUCAUGCUGGUCCACGAGCAUGUCACUAACUGUGACCUCCUUUUCCAGUUGGAACCUGCCUUCAGGUGAAUCUGAGUUCAGAGCCUGCAGCAUCCUUACACUUUUGGCACUCCUGCACUUCACCCAUAAUGGCAGGUCGAGGUGGAGCUGCUCGACCGAAUGGACCAGCUGCUGGAAACAAAAUCUGCCAGUUUAAACUUGUUCUCUUGGGCGAGUCAGCAGUGGGGAAGUCCAGCCUUGUUCUACGCUUUGUGAAGGGACAGUUCCAUGAGUACCAGGAGAGCACAAUUGGAGCUGCUUUCCUAACGCAGACAGUCUGUCUGGAUGACACAACAGUGAAGUUUGAAAUAUGGGAUACAGCAGGACAAGAACGGUAUCACAGCCUGGCACCGAUGUAUUACAGAGGUGCCCAGGCAGCCAUUGUUGUCUACGACAUCACUAACACAGACACAUUUGUACGAGCCAAGAACUGGGUGAAGGAGUUGCAGAGGCAGGCUAGCCCUAAUAUUGUAAUUGCACUAGCAGGCAACAAGGCAGAUCUUGCUACCAAGAGAGCUGUCGACUUUCAGGAUGCACAAACAUAUGCAGAUGACAACAGCUUGCUGUUCAUGGAGACAUCAGCAAAGACAGCAAUGAAUGUGAAUGAAAUCUUCAUGGCAAUAGCCAAGAAACUGCCAAAAAAUGAACCCCAGAACGCUCCUGGCGGUCCAGGUAGGAAUCGAGUUGUUGACCUUCAAGAAAGCAGUCAGCCUAGUAGGAGCCAGUGCUGCAGCAAUUGAGCAACUGUUCCCACCUGACCGAAGCCCUUUCGAAUGACGUGACUGGAAUCCACUCUAACCAAUCGCACUUACAGUAGAGCAGCUGCUGCUGGUGGCUGCUGUGAUUUCUCCAUCCCUUUCUUGAUCAUAGGCUGGAGGGAGCUCUUCCACCUGCACCUUUCUGUACAAAUACUAAUUCAAUUCUAAGUCUUAAGUCACUUUUUUAAUAUAUGAACUUCUGCUCUUCCCUCUUCCUGGUGGUGGUGGAUGCAUGACCUGGUGUCUGCCUAGCCAACUCAUCCCUUCCUGUGGGUGAGGGCCAGCAGCACCCAGGUCCCACAGUACUGUAGUUCACUAUUGGAAACAAAGGGAUAUUGAGACUAGACAGAACCUUGUUUAAAAUUAUCCACAUGUAAAAGCUAAGGCUAAUACCAGUACAAUAUGCCUAGGAAAACCACUAAACUGUAGCAUUAUAGUGACAAACUCUGGCUUUUUAGCCACUUAUUGACCAAAUCAAUUAUGAGUAUUUUGGGGUGGGGCAGAGGGAAGCAAACCUGGUUUCUUCUGUAUUUUGUAUUGUAUGUUUCUUCAUGUAACCAAUCAGUAUCUUGUCAAUAUAGUACAUACAACUAGCUGCCUAUUGUCUUUAUUUGUGUUGGACUCUAGCAUGCCAACUUUUUUCUAUCUCCAGUUCUGUCGUAAUGCACUAAUCCUGUUGCAACUUUUGCAAAGAUCUUGUAUAGAAAAUUGUCCUUUUUUGAUGGUUGUGAUGCCACUAAUGUUGUUAACCCUACUCUAGUGCAAAUACACAUGGUUUACUGAUGUACAGAGGUGGGGUGGGGGAAAUCUUGGAUAACUUGUCUGUGGAAACAGUAUGUAUUACAAAAGCCUGUAAUUCCACAAAGUAUGAAGGGAGGUAUUAAAAUGGCUUCUGUUGCCAGACUCUAACUGAUGUUGGCUGCUGCCUAGUGCCUAAUGCAAUGUCUUAUGCAUACUGGUAUUUAAGAGGAACUGUCAACCUAGUCUUCAUCACAAACUUCAGUUUUGUGUGAUUAAAAGAAAUUUUUUAUAAAUCUACCAUGAUCAACCAUGUUCAUGUUUCUUAAAAUGAGCUGAACCCAACAUGGGACUGGAUCAGAACCUAACACAUGCUGGAGGAUUAUGUGGGCUGGUCUUUUCGUGGUAUGCACAAUACCCAGCUCUUCUGUAGCUUUCCCAGAGCGCAGCUCUGCACAAAGGACAUCUGGCCCUCCUUCCCCAGGCAGGGAGAAACAUGAGCAUGUGGCUUUCCCGCUCAGUGUCUGGAGUGUCUGGAUUAUGCCAACUGCUCCUGCAACCCAUUUGCUAGGAGGUAAAAGAGUGUGCUCAGCUCCUGAGCAGAGCUGUAGAGUGGUAUUGGCAGCUAUAGGAGGUUCAAUGUGUUUGUGGUACUCUGGGCAGCAGCGUACCAGGAAGUCCGCCUAAGAAGGUGAAGGGGUGGGAACUAUUCAUAGCCUAAUACUGUUAGGGAAACUGUCACCAGCUAAGGUGGGGAAGAGGCGUGGGGGAGAGGGCAGUGGGCAGCGGGACUCAAGCUUAUCUGACAACUGCACAAUAAUGUGCUCAACUACUAAUGUCCCUGGAGAAUGAUGGCCUUGAAAGGCAUUUCUGUCCUGUCACUGCUGCAUGAACUUCAAGAUCUCUAGACCCAUGGUUGACUGGCAUCAAUGUGGAAAAUGAAGCAACCACUUACAGCUCUUCUAAUACCAAAUGUACUGCUUUGACCAGCUGGGCAGGUGCCAUAUGUGCUUGGAGAAGCAUGAGGACUUCUAGGCCCUGGUACUUGAACCUGCUACCUCUGCUUAGGUGCGUGCUUGCUGCUGUCAACUUGGUGUGUUCAUACAGCAGAAGCUCUGCCAGUGGCACAGCUACAGUCAACCAUAUGACCAUCUCUGGGUUGGACUCGCCCUUGGUUUGUGGUGUUGGGGGCUGUGAAAGCUCUGCUGGGUUGCUGCAAAUAAAAUCUUUGUGAAAUGC